GCCAGGCUCUGCAGAGGCCCCGCCCCCUUGCCCCCCCUUUUGGCUGCAGGGGGGGUUCUCUUCUUUGGGAAAGAGGCUGAAGAAGGGAAGCGGAGCAGGUGCGGGAUCGACGCGGAGCAGGAGCGGGAGGGUGAGUUCCCCGGUGCUCCCUCGAACACAGGACCUGGGAGAAUGAGCCAGCGGCAGGCCUUCCUCCAUCACUUUUGGGAUCCCAAGAGCUAAGACGAGGCCCGGCCUCAACCUGCGCCAUCAACAUGUCGUAUUUUACCAACCAUUUUUGGGGGGAGAAAAACCAUGGUUUCGAUGUCCUUUACCACAACAUGAAGCAUGGGCAGAUCUCAGCCAAGGAGCUGGCGGAUUUUGUGCGGGAGAGGGCGGCUGUGGAAGAGGCCUACGCUAAAUCCAUGGUCAAGAUGUCCAAGCUGGCCGGCAACUGCACACAGCUGGGGACUUUUGCCCCACUUUGGGAGGUCUUCCGCAUCUCUUCGGACAAGCUGGCCCUCUGCCAUGCUGAGCUGGUGAAGAAGCUCCAGGACCUCAUCAAGGAGAUCGGACGAUACGGAGACGAACAGCUGCGCGCCCACAAAAAGUCCAAGGAUGAAGUGACCGGGACCCUGGAGGCGGUCCAGACACUGCAAGGAGCCACCCAGCACCUCCCAAAGGCCAAGGAGAACUUUCACAGCCGGUACCAAGAGCUGGAGAGGCUCCGCAGGGAGGGUGCCAGCCAGAAGGAGAUCGACAAGGCUGAGCUAAAGUCCCGGAAGGCGGUGGAGGCCCUUCGGCGGGCGGUGGAGAAGUACAAUGCGGCACGCGGUGACUUCGAGCAGAAGAUGCUGGACUCUGCCGUGCGUUUCCAGGAGGUUGAGGAGUUCCACCUGCAGCACAUGAAGGCCCUCAUCGGGUCCUACGUCCACUCCGUCGAGGACACCCAUGUCCAGAUCGGACAGGUCCAUGAGGAGUUCAAGCAGAACAUGGAGAACAUUGGGGUGGAGACCCUCCUGCGCAACUUCGCAGAGAGCAAAGGGACCGGAUGCCACCCACCAGGACCCCUGGACUUUGAGGAGAUCAGCAUGACUCCUGUGCAGGAAGGUCCCAAACGCACCCGCAGCAAGGCCUUCCGCAUCCCUGGCCUGGGCCGGAAGGAACGCGAGCGGGACUCUGUGGAGUCUCCGGAUGCAGAGUCAGGGCUCCCAGAAGUCGAUGAGGAGGGAUUCACCGUCCGGCCUGAAAUGGACCGGAACGGGGAAGCCGCCCCACGGCUCUGUUCCUCCAGUGACUCGGACUACGACGAUGAGGAGCCCCACAAGUUCUACAUCCGGAUCAAGCCGGUCCAGCCCCGAGAGCGGGCCAGCAGCGCCGCAGCCGUCGAGCAACUCAAGGCCUCCGUGGGGAACCUCAUCCUGCCGCCCAGCGUUGGGUCCACGGUGAAACGACACUCAUCCCGACAUUUAAGAGCCCUCGCUUCUUCUUCCGCGGCCGAAGCAGACUCUGACCGGGUCCCAGUUCCAGGUGACAAAUCAGGAACCAUGAAGACCCCUCAUUUCUCCACCCGGACCAACAGCUGCAAUGCCAAAGCUGAGCCGCAGGUCUUGCCUGUCAGUGCGCUUUUUGGACCUCCGCUGGAAUCGGCCUUUGAAAACGAAGACUUUGCAGCCCCCCGUUCGUACCUCCUGGCCUCCAGCCCGUCUCCAUUCUCUUCUUCAUCUCCUGAGAAUGUGGAAGACUCUGGCCUGGACUCCCCUUCGCACGCGGCCACCGGACCCUCCCCAGAGUCCCGCCUUUGGAGCCCCCGGCCGGCCACCCCACAAAGCCCUCCCAGUGGCAAAAGGGCCCCCAAGAGCAACCUUGGCCUCCGUGGUGACUGCUGCAGCCUCCCCUCCGAAGAAGGACCCAGCCCCUGGCUGCCCCAGCCGGCCUCCCGGGAGCUCCCUGGCUUUGCAGAGGAGCCGGACUGGGCCGACCCGGAGCCUGCCUGGCCGCCACCGGUGGGGAAUCAUGGUAACAACCCCCCCAGCAGCCGCGAUGUGGACUCUCCGGACCCCUUCUCCUUAGACAGCGUGGCUGGCGGACGGCGGGUCUGGGCCGGCCGGCCUCGCAGCCCCAGUUCGGAGUGCCCGCCGCGGACGAUCUGUGAACGGGACAGCUGCCUCUCGUCCAACUCGGCCUCCUCCUCCUCCUCUUCCCCAGCGCCCCCCAGCAGCAGCGGGGACUCCACCAGUCCUUCCCCUUGGGCCCCCCGGAGCCGAGACGCGGAGAGCAGGACCCCGGGGAUCCCAGACGUUUCCUCUGAGCCUGCCAACCUUCCUCCAUCAGCUGCAACCGGUUUGGCGACCAUGGUGGCUCCCCCUCGGCGUUGCCGGGCAAAGAGGCCUUCGGCCAUUUCGGCUACCUGCGUCGGCAGCGAGACGCCGCGUUCCCUGAGCCCCUCUCCACUCUGGGCUUUGUCGGGCCCCCCAAGGCUCCGGCAGCCUGACUGAAAGGGCCUUCUUCAUGGCCACCCAGACCGGACUUGGCAUCUCCCGCGGUCCCUCUCCGGUGGUCCUGGGUGCGCAAGGUGGCUUACCCGUGGCAACCGCCUUUACUGAAUACAUCCAUGCCUACUUCAAGGGCCACAAUCCUGACAG